AUGACGGCUUCCGACGAGGCAUUUGAGAACGCGGAGUUUCACGCUAAGCUCCCUGUUCGAGAUUCGGACGUCACCGAGCUGCCUCCCACACCACCUAUGUAG